AGCAAAUCGACACCGACCAAACUCGGCUGCACCGGUGCCAUUUUUGUGCAGAGCUUGCAGCUCCGAAGGUUCCCCUGUUUCUCUCGCCCUCGUCUUAUAUCGGGGCUCCAUUGUCGCCGUGCUUGCAGAUUCAUCUUUCGGACGCUUGAUCUGAUUUUGUUUUGCGUCGGACGUUGUUUCCUCUGAUGUCGGAAGAUCAACUGUGGAAUAAUCGGAGACUAGACGACCCGGUGCAGCGAUUCGUUGACUAUGUCAUCGUAGUCAUUAAGGAGUCUGUGAAAACGAUCACCUACGAGUCUGUGAACAGCAUUGUCAGGGUAAUUAAUGGGGUUUCAGCGCUCCUGUUGGCUAUUCUUCCAGAGAAGUCCUCCAUUCUUGAAGGCAUGCAUGGGUGGGAGCUCAGACCUCGAGUUCGUGGACCUCGGUUUCCUCGAUGGAUGGAAAAUGGUGUUUCCUCCUUCAACCUGUUCGUCCACGAGCUCUCGGUGGAUCCAGACGACUCUUCGUGUGAAGAUCUCUCAUCCGAUGAAGAAGACGGCGAUGAGCAUGACUAUCCCCCUUCCCCGUUGUCUCAGAUCUCACAUGUUUCCCGGGCAAGUUCUCUCUCAAGAAAUAAUAGACAGAGAAUGUGCUGGAUCACACUGAUGUUCUCUUGGAUCUUGUUGCCAGCGGAGCUUCUCUCGUCUGUUCUCUUUCAGUUAUCCGAUUUCUAUUAUCCUAGUCAGCCAGGAACCUCUCCCGCAGCAGGAAAUGAGAUAUCUUCUCUCACAAAUUCCGCAAAUAAAGUUUAUGCCCUUAAAGAUCUCAUUAUCCACCGAACCACUGAUAGGAGACGCGGAGUCAUUGAGGAUCUCCAUCUGGCCACUGAGAUCUUUAUAGAGUCUUUGUUUGACAGUGUUCACAAGGCUGCUCAUUACAUCCUCUCACCACUUGAAGCCAUCAGUUUAAUCUGGAGAUGGAUUUUUCUAUCCGAAGGCUCCACCGGUGACGAUGCUUAUUAUGAUAGUUCAGCGGAUGUGUCUGUCCCAACAGAUAUCAUUGGGGACCACGACCUCACUCCCUCAGAAUGUAAUACUCCAUUUCAGCAUACGAUACUAAACACGGAUGCACGGACAUGUCAAGAUGUGAUAACUGAACUUGGGUAUCCAUACGAAGCAAUUCACGUUGUCACGGCUGAUGGUUACAUUCUUCUUUUGGAGAGAAUACCUAGACGUGAUGCGAGGAAAGCAGUUUAUUUGCAGCAUGGAAUCUUGGAUUCCUCAAUGGGGUGGGUUUCCAAUGGGGUUGUUGGCUCUCCGGCUUUUGCAGCCUAUGAUAAAGGAUAUGAUGUUUUUUUAGGAAAUUUUCGUGGGCUUGUCUCGAGGGAGCAUGUCAACAAGAAUAUCUCCUCACAACAAUACUGGAACUAUUCUGUCAACGAGCACGGAACUCAGGAUAUUCCAGCAAUGAUAGAGAAGAUCUAUGAGGUCAAAACUUGUGAACUAAAUCUAUUAAACCCAUCUGACAAUAUGGACAAAGAAAUAGACUCUGAUCAGCCUUUUAAGCUCUGCACCAUCUGCCACAGCCUGGGAGGAGCCGCUAUGCUCAUGUAUGUGAUCACUAGAAGAAUAGAAGAGAAACCCCAUAGGCUCUCAAGAUUGAUCUUGUUAUCCCCUGCGGGCUUCCACGAUGACUCAAACUUAACCUUUAUAGCAGCAGAAAACUUCUUCAUGCUGUUCACUCCUCUGCUGAGCCCACUCAUUCCAGCUUUCUACAUACCCACAAGAUUCUUCCGUAUGUUGCUGAACAAGCUUGCCCGGGAUUUCCAUGACUACCCUGCCCUAGGGGGUCUGGUUCAAACCAUAAUGAGCUACUUAAUUGGAGGAGACAGCUCCAACUGGGUCGGGGUCAUGGGGCUUCCGCACUACAACAUGAAUGACAUGCCUGGGCUAUCCUUUCGUGUGGCACAUCACCUGGCCCAGAUGAAGCGGGCCAGGAAGUUUAGGAUGUACGACUAUGGGAGCCCGUAUCUGAACAUGGAGAUCUAUGGGGAUCUCAAGCCGCUGGAUCUAGGGGAAUAUUUCUCAUUCAUCGAUGUGCCAGUGGACCUCGUCGCAGGAAGGAAGGAUGAGGUAAUUAAGCCAACGAUGGUGAGGAAGCACUAUAAGCUGAUGAAGGCUUCGGCAGUUGACGUGUCUUAUAGAGAGUUCGAGUACGCUCAUUUGGACUUCACGUUCUCUCACCGCGAGGAGCUCCUUGAUUACGUGAUGUCACGGUUGAGGCUCAUUGAGCCCAUCCCAAAGCAGCAGAUAAGCCAGAAGUCGAGGUCUAAGAGACGAAGGUCAGUGUUAGACUCAUAGUGGGGGUGUCAAGGCAGCAAAGGCAACACGUAUUGCAUUCCAGUCCCAAGUUAUUCCCCAUAAUUUGCAUCCGGAAAACCGGAGUUCGUUGUAUCAUUAUGCACCAACAGGUGUUUGUAUUACUGCGUGUCUUAUAUGCCUGGCUUAUCAGCAGUUGUUGGAUAAUGCAGUCCAUGGAUAUGUAAAGUGAAUCAUAGAUGAUGUCCGUUAAACUGGGCGCGUUCCGAAUGGUGAUAUCAAUUCGGAGGAGGAGAAUAGCCAUUCUUGUAUAAUUGUAUUUGGUCUUUUUGUACGGUCGGAACUGAAAUUGUAACACCCAACUUAUUCCAACUAAGCUUCUGUAUAGGAUGCUUUGGUGACACAGGUCCACAAACAUUAGGUGACGAAUACCGAAUCGAUUAUACUGUCAUUGAA